CGCGGCUGUGUUUUCUUCCAAUGUUUAUUAAAUUUGAAGCAGCUAAUGCAAUUUAAAGGCUUAAGUGACAAAAUAUUCAUAACAUAAGAAUGUGGAACACUUCAAAUGUGUAUGAUGAAACGACCUCUGAAAAUGGCGACAACGAAGAGCAGAAAGCUUCAUACAUUAAAGAAGAUCAUAUAGAGACCGAGAGGAAAAGUUUGCUACUCAUCAAACGGAACAACGUAGCCCUACAGAAAAGACAGCUACCCUACUCAAGGCCAACGCCGCAGAACCGCCAGGAACUUGUCGAGAGCAUCGAACAAGACCGUAAAGUGCUGUCGGCGUACUUCAAAAGGUUGAGCUCCCAGCGAGAUGAAGUCACUUCACCAAAUGCAGCUCCACCGGCGGCUGAUUCCCCUGUUCCUCAGAGAAACAGCUACGAUCUUUUCUUUGAGAGCGCCUGCAUCAGUGUCAAAGGCUUGCCACCCAAACUGGCGGCGGAAGCCAAGAGCCGCAUCUCCCAGAUAAUCACCGAGUUCGAAAUCCGCGCCAUAUCAGAAAUGGAGGCCCAGCAGGAGCACAAAAUGCGGGCCCAGAACAGAAUGGAUAAUGCGUCCGGGGUUGUUUACGAGUUUCGUCCCUGCUCGUAAAGUAGGUUGGGUGUUUGCCUUUCAACUACCUUAACUCAUCCUAUACACUUCACAUUUGGACGCCACCUAACUCUGGACUAUCAAAAUUCAUAAUAAAAAUUUAAAGCAUUCUACAU